CGUUUACGAUCAAUACGACACACACUUUGGCUCUACAACAAUAUUUUUUGAUUUCGCAAUUUGGUUUACAAAUUAUUACCAUCGAUUUCUCAAUGAAUGCUCAGCUUGGUGCAACUUAGUGGUAAAAACAAACAAUUUUGAAUGAGGGUAGGCCUAUCUUCCCUUCCUCAUACUCGAGCUUCAAUGCUUAUGAGGGACUAACUUGCCUGUCUCGCUGAUCUAUUUGUGUCAUAUUAUUCACUGAAAUUCUGAGUGUAAACUGCUAGUCGUAUUUAGGCUUGGCCUAUUAUGCUCUGCUGUCGCUGAACCUGAAAUCUGAAGUUUUCCAGAGAAACAUAAUUAAUUAAUUAUAUUAUUAAUUUGUUAUAAUUGAUUUUGUGGCUUGGGCUUUCCAGUCCAGCCCAGGCUACGCGCCCGGAAUCUGCCCCGUCUUCGUUGUUCUCGUGAAGUUUAGGCGUGAAACUGUUGAUUGGCAAUGGAUCCAGGAUUUAUCCCGGGGACUGCUGUUGUUCCUUCGACUAAAGUUGAGCUCAGCGUGUCUUGUCGGAAUCUCACAGAUAAUGACGUCUUCUCAAAGUCAGACCCAAUGUGUGUUCUUAAAAUUAUUGACCCAAAGAGCAGGCAGACCCAUGAGAUUGGUCGCACAGAAACCAUUAAGGACAACCUGAAUCCGGAUUUUGUCAAAAAAUUUAUCGUGGACUAUUUCUUCGAAGAAAGACAGAUUAUCAAGUUUGAAGUGUAUGAUAUUGACAGCACAAGCAGUCGUCUACAAGAUCAUGAUUUCCUGGGAAGAAUGGAAUGUUCUCUUGGGGAACUAGUGAGCGCGCCCGGUUCUCGCUUUGAGAGGAGACUGGAAGGUCCUUCUGCAAGGAGAGGUUCAAUUAUGGUGAGGUGUGAGGAAGUGAGCACUUGUAAGGAUGAAGUUAUCAUACAGAUGAAGGGGACCCACUUGGACAAAAAAGAUUUUUUUGGCAAAUCCGACCCGUUCCUCAUGUUCUACAGGGUCAAUGAAGAUACCUCGUACACUUUGGUCCACAAGACAGAAGUGGUGAAAAACACAUUGAAUCCUACAUGGCAGCCAUUUUGCAUGUCCGUGCGUCUGCUGUGUAAUGGAGACAAUAACAGAACUGUGAAAGUAGAGUGUUAUGACUGGGACUCUGACGGAGGGCAUGAUUUCAUCGGAGAAUUCUCAACCAAUUUAGGAGAGCUAAGGGAUUCCGGUGCUUGUGCGAGGAGUUUUGAGCUCAUAAAUCCCAAAAAGCAAGCGAAAAAGAAGAGUUACAAGAAUUCAGGAGAGAUUCAGAUUCUGAGCUGUAAAAUCCAACCUCAGUAUUCCUUCUUGGACUUUGUCAAGGGCGGAACUUCAACCCAUCCAACCCUUACUGCCAGGGUGUCGGGGGCAUACUUCAGGCUUAUCACGCUGCUCUGCCCAGGCUGCAGCUGUAUGGACCCACCAACUUCUCCCCUGUCAUCAACCAUGUCAGACGGUUUGCCCAACAGAGUCGUGACGGCAGCAACUAUUUUGUCCUCCUCAUCAUCACAGACGGAGUCAUCACCGACAUGCCGCAGACAAUGGAUGCCAUUGUGGAGGCCUCAAGUAUGCCAAUGUCAAUCAUUAUCAUUGGGGUAGGAGAUGCGGAAUUUGAUGCGAUGGAUGUUUUGGACGCCGACGACUGCCAGCUGAGGUCACCGGUAACGGGCAAGGUUGCAGAACGAGACAUUGUCCAGUUUGUUCCAUUCCGGGACUUCAUCGGUGGACGCUACGGCGCAGACAUGGGGGUCAGCAAAGUGUAUCUGGCUAAGGAAGUGCUGGCUGAGAUCCCGGAGCAAGUGGUGGGCUAUAUGAAACGUCGUGGGCUCAUCCCGAAGCCCGCCCCACCCACCACGGCCCCUGCCCCUUCCAUGGCUCCUCCACCUGGCUACUCGGCCGCGACUGCUAUGCCAGGACAUCCUCCCCCACCUAGAACAGUUACAGAGAUUUAGUACAGUAGAUUUUAUUAAUAGAUAGGGGAAAAAAAGAGGUUGAAAGUUCUACACCCAACUACUUUGUUAUCUCUUCUCUGUGUUGCUCAAAACAAUCAAAGUCUGAGUGUUCUACACCCAACCUGAUGACUAUCUCUUCUGUGUGUUGCUCAAAAUAGUUGAAAUGGAUGUGAUGCAGAAAGGAUUUCAAUUAUUGACUUUGAAUAGAUUUUAUGGAAAGGAAGAGAAGUUCAAA